AUGACUCUGAUAUUUCGUAGAAUAUGGCCUCAACAUCUGAUGCUAUGUAGAAAAACGCCAUCUCUGGUAAUAUAUCCCGGCGCAGUUUUAUCUCCAUCUAUUAAUUCUGCUUCUUCAACACGAUUUUUGAAUUUAAAUUGCGGUGUUAGGACUUUCAUUUCUCAACAUAUUGCGAAGGUGAAAGUAAAACCAAGCGAAAAUCGAAAUGAACCUGAGAACAAAAUUGCGACUAUACCAAAUGCCUUAUGCUUAUUCAGAAUUGGAUUGACACCGGUAAUUGGAUAUUUAAUAAUAAAAGAAUCACACAUGAUUGCGCUGGCCUUAUUUGCUGUUAGUGCAAUAACAGACUGGUUGGAUGGAUAUAUUGCUCGAAGAAUUCGGAAUCAAAGGUCACUGAUUGGAAGUAUAAUUGAUCCUGUGGCUGAUAAAUUACUUCUCACAACUGUUUUUAUUACUCUCACUUAUGUCAAACUUAUACCCUUGGAGCUUACCGUUCUGGUUAUUCUACGAGAUGUUGGCCUUAUUAUCGGUGGAGCUGUGACUAGAUAUAAAACAAUGGAAAAGCCGAUAACAUUGGUCCGAUAUUUUAGUCCGUCUAUUUCACCACUUCAAGUCACACCAACAUUUGUCAGUAAAGUGAAUACGGCACUUCAGAUGUGUGUAAUCGUUGGAAGCCUGGCAAUUCCUCUGUCAGACUUAACGAGUCAUCCGUUUCUAACCUGCACCUACUUUGCUACUGCCGCAACAACGAUAUAUUCUGGAUUUCAAUACGCACGAUUGACCAGGAUGAAGCCGAUAAAGGAUAAUCGCUAA